AUGGAGACAUCGGCUCAGCAACCGCAGAAAGCCCCCGGCCAGGGCCUGUUCCAGUGCUCAGCCUGCCAGCGCACCUUUACCAGAGUCGAUCAUCUCGCCCGCCACGUUCGCAGUCACUUACAGGAACGACCCUUUCAGUGCCAGACAUGUAACAAGACGUUCGGGCGGCCAGACCUGCUCAAGCGGCACGCCGCCUGCCACGAGGGAGACGAGAAGAGCGGCAAGCGACAGAAGCGGCAGCACCACCAGUCGCUGCGUGUUUCUCAAGCGUGCAAGCCUUGCGCCACGGCCAAGCUCAAGUGCGACGACGAGAAGCCUUGUGGGAGGUGCACGCAGCGAGGCAUCACAUGCACCUUUGAGGCGCGCGACAGUGUGAAGCUAUCGCGAAGCGAGGCUUCGCAAUCCGAAAAUGGCACAUCCCCAGUCGCUGGCCAGUCGGGCGAGUCGCCAGUUAUGGGGGUUCCCAUCGACUCCAUCGAACAAGUGGCCACGAUGCCGACUCCCAACUCCAUGAUCCGACACCCUUCAGUCGCACCCCUUGGACUUCCCAGUACAUCGCCCUUUGACUUUCCCGAGCACAACAUCUCGGGAUUUCUUAGAGGCGUCAUGACGCCCCAUCUCCCCGACGGAUCGUGCACCUACGGCCCCCCAGCCUGGCAUGAAACCAGUUCAGGCUUCAGCGCUCGGGGUCUUCUCGACUUCACCAUGGAGACGGGAUUCGACUUUGACGACGCCGACUUUGGCUUCAUCGACCAGUUAUGUAGCGACCCCAAUGCCAUCGACACCAACCAGCAGCCCAUGGCUGAACAAGCCUUUGACGCGCUGGGCAUCGAGACUCCACGCAAACACGUUGCCCUCGGAGCCGAGGCCUACAAGCGAUCUUCUCUCAGCGUCUGGGAGCCUACAUCGCAAGACACUAUCGCGGCGGAACUCGAGGACCUUUCGGCGCUUGGGACUGAUCACAGUUCUCCUGAAGGCCGAUCGACAAUUAAUCAAUAUUACCUCAGAGAGCGGCUGAGUCGACCUACGAGGGACAAGUUUCUAGGGAUGAUACUAAAUCACUGUCGUCUGGAAAAGACCCAUUUCGCCAUCAAGGCCUUCCCCACACCCGAGGUCUUGGACGAUCUGUUGGAAGGCUUCUUCUCCCAUCAUCUUCACCAAACGGACUCCUACAUCCACGCGCCAUCUUUUCGACCUAAUGCACUAAGGCCAGAACUCCUUGGUGCCAUCGUCGCUUCCGGCGCUAUCCUGACAGACAUCACAUCGGUGCAUAAGCUGGGGUUUGCAAUCCAGGAAGCUGUGCGCACAACGCUCCCCAGCAAAUUCGAGGAGUCAAAUGCAAGGACUCGACAAUUAUGGGCUGUGCAGUCCUUUAUGUGUGAAAUUGAGAUUGGGCUCUGGAGUGGAAUUAAACGGAAGACGGAGAUUGCAGAAAGUCACACGCAAACUCUCUACACGAUGCUUCGGCGCGGCGGGAGAUUCCGGAGGCCGAAUAGGGUAUUGGAAGCUCCUCUUAUCGAAGACACCGGCAAAGUUCUGCACAACAAGUGGCUCGAAUGGGUCGAGGAAGAAAGCUACAAACGGUUCGUGUUCCAUGCCUUUAUCAUGGACGCACGGGCAAGUAUGGCACUGUUCAUCAACCCUGUAAUAUCUUUUGCCGAACUCAGCACUCCACUGCCAGCCCCGCGAGAGUUGUGGUUGGCAGAGGAUGCCGAGCAGUGGAAGACCAUCUACCUCAGCAGACCCAGAUCGACAGACCCGUAUCUUAGCCUCAUCGACUUUUUGCGCGGGCCUAUCGAGCUUCCGGAGGACUGCGAUGUACACCUCUUACAGCUGGUCAUCUUGCACGGAAUUUGGGGUAUGAUUUGGCAACAGUCGCAAUUGCUCUCAACGCUACGGAGACCGGGCUAUACGGACCCUGCCCUCGCGCUUCGACAUCAGGAACUCCUUAAAAUGCUCCAUCACUUCCGAAUCAACAUUUCAGAAUGCCGUGAUCCGACUUCUGAGGAGACAACCCUUACUCUUGAACUUUUGCACAUGCAUCUUCACAUGUCGUUCGAAGAUAUCGAGUUCUUUGCUGGAAAGGGAGAUCUGGAGGACGCUCGCCGUGUUCUGCCAACUCUUCAAGACUGGGUGGACGGACCGCAAUCUCGUCAAGCUAUCUGGCACGCUGGUCAGGUUAUCAGGGCAGCAAGGAAGUUUCGUCUGAAGCACAUCCGUGGUUUUUUUGCCAUUGCUGUAUACCACGCCAGUCUUGCGCUCUGGGCCUACAGCAUUAUGUCUCUGGCCAACGGUUCACAGAACGAAGUGCCCCUGCAAAGCACAUUCCCAAAUGCGGUUUGUCUGGACGGGCCAGAGACAUCCACUGUGCAACGAUUCAUUACGCUUGGGAAGGGAAUCCCGAGCCUCUCAUAUCCUCAAAUCACGGACACCACCACCACAACUCUCGUUCCCCUCUCAAAUCAGGAAGCCGUCAUCAGCGCCGUUCUUGAGAUACUACAGGGCAACUUCCCGUGCAGCCUGCAAGUUGAGACAGCGCCCCCGUUGGUGGAAAAUUUGAAGCAACUCUUGCAAGAUCUGGGGAGGGCAGCGGCCAAGCCCUUUGUCUACAAACCCCUGGUGCAACUUGAGUGCAUCCGGCUCCUCGAUCUUUCUCCAGGCAGCCGGACCGAGGCUCUCCGUGGUCAACUGCGAGUGGUUGACUGGGAGGAAUCACAUUCGUACGGAGCUUUGUCGUAUACCUGGGCGGAUGCUGAAGGCGAUGCCUCGCUCUGUAGGCGCAUACUUCUCGACGAUACCUACAGCCCACUGCCAAUUACUCUCAGUUGCGACCGAGCCUUGCGUUCGUUGCGCAGGAAAGACUCCAAAAUCACCAUCUGGGUUGAUGCUAUUUGUAUCAAUCAAUGGUCUCCCACUGAGAGAUCACACCAAGUCUCCCUGAUGCACCACAUCUACUCUAUGGCGAAGACGGUACAUAUCUACGUUGGGGAGGUAGAACAUGGCGCCGACAAAACUGGGUACCAAUCCAUCACCCAGCUUGAGAGCUUUGAGGCAUCUGAAGCAGCCGACCUGGGUUCCGAUGAAGUUCCUUCAGAGCCGAACUUUACAAGUUUCUUCGCUCGACCAUACUUUUCCCGUUUAUGGGUCGUUCAAGAAGUCCUGUUAGCGCGCUCCCUCACCUUGCAUUGUGGAGAGCUGGCUGUACAGCUCUCGAGGGACACAAUUACCCGGAUCGAACAAAAGGGCGUCGACGUUCCAUCCUGGAUCGGCCUCAUCGCACGGAUGAAACCUGGUUCUAAGAUACCCUCUGGCGAAUUAAUCAGCCUGCUUCUUGCAACUUCGGAGUGUGGUAUGAGUGACUUGCGCGACAAGAUCUUCGGCCUGCUUGGGCUGGUUGAAGAUACUGAUGUCGAAAUGCUCAAUGCUGACUACGAUCUGAUGGUUCGGGAAGUGUACAUUGGCGUGGCCACCUAUUUGUUGCAGAACAGGGGUUGCCACCAGAUUCUCGAGAUUGCAGGUACUGAAGUGGAAACAAACCUUCGAGAGACUUACGGGAUACCUUCUUGGGUUCCUCUUUGGAACUCUGAGACUACCAUCUACGGCCUCGACGACAGAUCACUUCAAUUUUCAGCACUCAAAAAUGACUUUGACGUGUAUUCACCUUCCAGAAUGCACAUAUCUGAAUUUCUGAGGAUAAAAGGGGCUGGUAGCAUACCUGCCAAUCCUGGAGCAGGAGUAUUGGCACCAUCCAGUCUGCAAAUGCAGGUUCAUGCCGGCAGCGGCUGCCUUGUCACACUCGGUUAUACAGUCAUCGAACUGGGCAACCCAUUACUGCGGCCCAUGGAUAGCGCAAGAAUCGAGGCGAAGAUCGAGAGUGAUGAGAUCGUCACCGACUUUCACGAUUUUGACGGAGGUGCUGUGUUAGCCAUUCGCGCUCGUCCGUGGGUGUUGACAAUGGCAAGAUAUUUGAACCAGGGCCCUUUUUACAUAAUAGGGGUCCUAGGCUGCGAAAGUCUAUUCCUUGCAACUAAGUCGAAGCAAGUUGACCAUCCAAUCACCUAUGAGCUGUGUUCUUCAUGUGUGGUUGCACUCAUCCAUGAUGUUAAGAACAGUUACUUUGGAAGCAACACUGCAAUUGAUGAGUUACGUUUGAUGGAGACGUGCUACCCGUUGUAUCAGCAUGCCUUUGACUUUCUUGUCCAGUGGAGGUACAUUCUCAAUGCUGCGGGACAAGAGAAGGCCGUGUCUGAAGACGUCGAAAAGGCGCUGCCAAAUGGCCAACAGUGGGACCUCUCUGACGAAAUUGAGAAACAUACAACAGUGUGGAAUGAACAUGGCAUGGUCCUGAACCGCGAUUUCUCUACCCAGGUCGGAGAAGUCGCCGAUCGCGUUCAGUCCACGCUGCACACUCUGCUCGAGUUUUGGGACCAGGAGGCUUUGAAAACUGCACGACAGUUGUGUCAUGUCGAAUAUAAUCUUACGGGUUACAGGCCUGAGUUCAAACAAUGGUGUAGAUCCCGCAGCAUUCUGAGCUUGUCAGCACAAUCGCGUUUCGUGAUAAAUCGGUUCUCCCGAUCGUCUGGCGGCCAGAUACAAUGGUCGCAGCUCUUUAAAUCGGCACUAGAGACCUGGAGAGAUAAAACCAAUCUGCUGGCCGAGGUAUUUGCGAAACUUCCGGGGGUGGAUUUCGUCGUCAUCGAUGAGGGUCACAAGUCGCGCGUGACUCCUGGCAUGGCUGACAGAAUAUAUGAUGAUGUUCAAUCCUACCUGAGCGAGGGCAAUGAUGAAGAAGACAUCAUAAGGCUGCUUAGCCAGACUCCUCUAAUUGCAUCCGCCGACUGGGCCCUUUUUGAUAAGACUUUUGAGAGCCUUUGUUGGGGAACUACAACUUACGACAAGGCGGAAAGGCUGGUAUUGGGAAGGAAGAUGGUAGAUGACAUGUUACUAAGUAAAAGGAAACUGGCUCCGGUUGUCUUUGUCUGA